AUGGCCAACGAACCCUCCAUGGUGCGCCGGCACUCCCGCCUGAGUGAUGGGGGGAUGAUGGAGCGACGCCACUCGCAGCCGAAGAUGCGAAGGGGACCCCUGCCGCAGGUGGUGGUCAGAAACUUUAUCGCAGAGGUGGAACCCAACAUCCUGCGUGCAUGGCUGAAGAUUUUUGACCCUGAGUACAGGUUCCAUAUCACCAGCGAUCAGUUCUGCAUGGGCAUGGAGAGGGCCGGCUAUGCGGGUGAUGUCUAUUUGCUCUUUCAGCGUUUGGAUACCGAUAACUCGGGAAAGCUAACGCUUGAUGAGAUUGAUGAAGACGCAGCCAAGCUUUGUCUCACCUUCAAGCAAUGGUGUGUAGCCUCCUUUGAGAGCCCUUUAGACAUGGUCUACAGAUUGAGCAGGGGCAAGGAUUAUCUCUCAGAAGAAGAUUUCAAGCUUCGCUGCCGGCUGUUCGACUGGAAAGACGGCCAAGAAGAAUGGCUGUGGAAAGGGGUGGCGCUGCACAACGAAGAGUACGUCCGGCCCGAGAUGCUCAAGUGGAUGGCACUGGGAAAGGAAGAGCAUCGGGAGAAAGAGGAGCUGAAGAAGCUGGCCAUGAAGGUUCACGCCGUGAAGAUACGAGAGCGACAGAUGUUAGCACAAGCCGCUGGAGAGCAGGUGCACAAGUAUGAAAUGGCCAAAGCCGUGAAGGCUUUGUGUUGGCCGGGUGAGUUUCGGAUCCUGUGGAAGGCUUUGGAUAAGGACCCCUGA